GAAGAACUGAAAGUGUGUGGAUCUCAUAAUCACAGGCUUGCCGACUUUUGGGCUACCACAUUACCACAUUAUCACGGCACCACCGACUUUACUACUUCUUCUACUUCUGCUUCGAUACUUGGCAUAGUCCUUCUUCAGUCAGGAUACAAACGCCAAGGAUAGCUAGUUUCCUAUGGAUGGUUGACACGUAACUGCACUGUUUGAUAAUUUGGCUGAUCACUAAAGAGUUGAGGUGUUUACUGAGCUUCGGAAAAAAUGUGCAGCUUACCAGUCAUUACAGCUGGUCCCAACCCAUCAUUUUGCCUAUUCCUAUUUCUCGUAUGCCUUCUCUCAAUAAAAAACACCACCUCGGAAACAUAUGUCACCAAGAAAACAAUCCGUCUGGACACAGGUUCUGCGACUGAAAACUUCAACGAAAAUGAAAAAUUUAAAGACAUGUUCGAGUUGACAGAAGAUAAUUUUGAGGAGAUGGUUUUAGAUACGGAGGAUCCUUGGAUUGUGUUGUUCACCGGAGGAAUGCUGCAGAAAGAAUGGAAAACAUUAGCCGUGUCGCUCAGGGGUGUUGUGUGGUUUGGUAUUCUGAAUCGUCUAGCACAAGAGGACCUUUUAGAAGAAAUUGACUUCAAUGUUCGGAAGAAUCCCCCUGCAAGAGUUUAUCCGUAUGGCGGCACAAAGCAGAAGGGUAAAUGGGUAGAUGUUCAGUCAGCCAAGGAGGCUGAACGAAUCGCUGUUUAUAGUUUACCAGAUAUCAGCAAGACGAUUGACCUCAAGGAGAUGAACCAGUUUAUCUAUGACUCUUAUCUGAUGUUACCACCAUGUUUCCCUGCAGUCUUCGUCAUUGGGAAUGAAAUGCCUGCCAGAUUCAAGUCCAUAGCGCUACACUACAAUCGCUAUUUUCACUUUGGUGUGGUCAGGAAUCCAACUUCCGUUGACCUGGAGAACUUGAGUUAUGAUCUCGCUAUCCCAGGACUCCUUGCUCUGGUGUCUGAGGAUUAUGGGGACGAUGUUGACACUGAGGAGGCUUGGAGAGAGAACGACUACAAGUUUCAGAGCAUUGGCUUCACCGCGGAAAGACAAGGUGAACUAAACUACCCCAACCUGGUGAGGUUCCUAUACAGCAUCAAUAUCCAGUUUCGACACAGUCUACCUGGAAACAACAUGGCCGAUGACAAGGACGUAUUGACAAUGGAUGAUGUCAUGGAGGUCGAAGGUCAGCGAUUUAACGUCAGGUACAUGGAAGAGUUGCGCAAUAUUAAAGGGUCUGAGAUUGUCAGCAGGAAGGAUGAGAAACAACACGCUGAAAAGAGUGAGCUUUAAAGGGUCUGAGAUUGUCAGCAGGAAGGAUGAGAAACAACACGCUGAAAAGAGUGAGCUUUAAAGAAGGCCGGUUUAAUAAUGUGGACAUCUAAAGCCGGGUUCAAACUUUCUGUGAAUGCGAAUGCAAAGCGAAUUUUGGUGAUGCAACAAUUGGUACGCGUUCCAUUUCCCUUUGAGAGAAACGCAGUGAAAUUCGCUUUCGCACGAAGCAUUCAGCAGAAGUAUGAACCAGGCUUUACAUGAUAAUAGACCAAUGGUAUUUUCUAAAUUUUGGGUUCUGCUCAGGUUUCAGGUAUGUUGGAUGUUGGAAACACCUUGUAACACGACUUCAAAAGUUGAUAACGGAGCCCAAGACAAGGUUUGGAAAUCCCCAACUUGGUUUAUAUCUAAAAUGCCCUCCAGCAAAAUCUUCGUUACAGUUCACAUAGUUCCAUACCAACCUUGCAAAACAUGAUGUAUGCACACAUAGAAAUCGAAAUAAGCCUGAAUAAUUUGUUGCCAUUGUGUCAGAGGGCACAUUGUAUAUUAAAUUUGUAUACACUAACUACAAGUGCAUUAAAGAAUUAUUUUUCAGAAAACACAUUUUUAUCAAGUUCUUUUUUUUGUAAUUGCCAUAAAGCAAUAGUUUGCAUUUUAUUCCAGAGCUUGGCAUUUGAUGUCAGUUGUUUAUAUUUUGUUUCAAUGUUAUUAUAAUUUAUAAUUCUAGGCUUACCCGUAACAAGUUAAAGUCAAUAUUUUGUUUAGUUUGAUACCGUCCAGUCUUUCAAAAAAGUGUUUCGAGUAUUUUUGAAAUAUUUUCUUCAUUUUGAAACAUAAAUAAUAUUUGCCUUGCAAAGGAACAUUGAGUUGUGCAAAAUUAGAUAAUUAAACAGAAGUUAAAUUUUAUUCAAUAAAUGCAAAUACAGUUCUGUUUUUAUGUUUUUAUUUUGGAUUUUGUUUUUUAGGUUGGUUAAUUUUCAGUCUAAAUAAUUGUGCCCAAACAAUGUAUGUACUUGGACAAUGUAUGUACUUUCAUUACAAUUUGUUGCUUUAAUGGUUUUUUUUUCUUAAAGCCAUUAUACACUUUCGGUAAACAGUAUUGUCCAAGUCCCACACUUUGUGUA